AUGCCCUGCAGCAAGUGUCCUGAUCUACUUUCUCGGUCUGUGGAUCAUAAAAAGCAUGUGCGUAUCGUCCCUCAGGCCUCUUCAGCCGCGCAGAGCACUAAUCUUCCUGGUAGGAUCAUGAUCUUCAUCAUUACGAUUCUCCUCCUCGCCGCCGACUUCUACUACAUCAAGAACAUUGCCGGUCGUCGACUUGUAGGUCUGCGAUGGUGGAAUGAGGUCGAUCCCCAAACGGGAGAGUCGCAGUGGGUAUUUGAGAGCAGCGAGCCAGGUACCAAGACUGUCAACCCGACUGAUAGCCGCUUUUUCUGGCUUGCUCUGUAUAUCCAACCUAUGUUGUGGGUUCUCAUGGCUAUUCUUGCUCUUGUGCGACUGCAGUUCUUGUGGUUGCCCCUCGUUGUUAUUGCUCUUGUCCUCACCAUCAUGAACACUCUAGCCUUCUCGCGAUGUGACAAGUUCAGCAACGCUUCCAGCAUCGCUGGAAGCGCUUUUGGAACUGGCAAUCUGGCCGGAAGCCUCGCAAGCAACAUGGUCAGCAACUGGUUUUCUCGCAGCUAA